AUGGAUACAAUUUCUAUGCAACGUUCAUCACCGGGUAAACAAGUUUCGGGCUUGAGACCAUUCAAGAACCCUAGAAGAAGAAAGUCUCGUGGUUCGCUUUCAAGAUCCGGUGGAAGUUUGGCUCUUCCGAUGAAUCCGACGUCGUCAUGGGGUUCUUCUCCGGCGCAUCCUCCGCCUCCGCCUUCUAAUUACUCUCAGCCUCCUCUUCUCCCUCUGCCACGUGUCAACAGCUCAACUCUUCCUCUACAACGUCUCAAUAGCUCUCGUCCACGUGUCAACAACUCCACUCUCCCUUCCGAACCACAGAAGAAGAAAGUAGAGUUUGCUGAAUCCGUAACGAGUCUGACUCGAACCGGUUCGGUUCCAGUCCGGUCUAACUACUCGGGUGAUUUCCCUAGAGGGUUUGAUGGUUAUCCCGGUCCAGCGAUCAUGUUGUUAUCUCCUCCGCCGAGUAGUUUGCCUAUGCCUAGGUUUUCUAUCAAACCGAAGCUUCGUUGCAACGCAGAAGCUGCCGGUAAAAUCAAUGACGUAGCCUCCGCCGAUAACAUCCGGCGAGUUUUACAGCUCCGGUGA